CCCUCCAUCUGUCACUUGCGAAGUGAAUAAACACAACUGUUCUAGACAUUUAUUUUAUUACUUACUUAAAAUUAUGGAUACUAUUUGCCGUUUGUGUUGUUCCGAUAAAUUCGUCAACAAUUAUAUAUUUGACGAAAAGAAUGCAUGGUACCUUAAAAUGGCGUUAUUACCCGUUAAGAUUGACAAGAACGAUCGGCUGCCCCAGAAGAUUUGUGAUCAUUGCAGUCGUAAAGUUAACGAGUUUUAUGAGUUUUGUAAUGAAACUAUUGUAGUGGAAAAUAAGCUACAAGCUUUCUUAAAACAGCAAGGAACACACAACACAACUGUAGAUCUCAUACUUGGAAAACCGAAGACACCAAUUCUACCUCCUAAAACAUGUGAACAAAGUCAUCAAAUUGAUGAAGGUAUACCAGUAGAUGAAGUUGUCAAAAUCAAAGUUGAAACGCCAAAAGAAAUAAAACAAGAAGAUAUUGAAGCAGAGGAGAACUAUCACUACUCAGAUGACAGUGAUGAUGUCUAUUUAACAAAUCUAAAAGCAAAGAAAAACGAUAUUGAUGUAAUAAGAUUAAAAAACAGAGAGAAACAGGACGUAAAAAGUAAUGGCGUGAAGAAAAAUUCAUGCGGAAACAAGUCUGAGCUUAUGGAAGAUUGGUCGAUGAUACUAAAGCAGUUCCCUGAGGGCCCUUAUAAUUUGGUCGACGAAACAGAUGUACCAGUUAAACAGGAAGUCAAAGAUGAAAACAGUGCAGAUUUCGAUGACUUGCCUAACUUAAAAGACAAAUAUCGUUGUUGUAUUUGUCUAAAGAAUUGCAAGUUUAAGAGUACAUUGUUGAAGCACUAUAAAACACACGGAAAGGAUAUUCCAAAGACGAAUAAUCUUCAGGUGCCUCCAAUACCUGAUCAGAACCCAUUAAAAUGCACGAGAUGUAGAAAGUCUGUAAAGAAAGAUACGUGGGCGGAACAUUGGCAGAACCAUUGGAAACGCGACCAUCGGCCCUACCGAUGCGCGUUGUGCGACAAAUCGUUCACGUCUUCACAACAAGUCAUGGUGCACGGUCUGUCGCACAGCCACAAUCCAGUCGACGACGAGGCCAUGCAGCUGAAGAAGCAAAAUCGUUAUGUUUGUGAUUUUUGUCCUGAAGAAUUUAUGUACAUGAGGUGUCUGCAGGCCCACCGGACGAACGCGCAUCCUGAAUCCGCCUCGAAGGCCGUGACGCACCGCUGCUGGAAGUGCUCGCGGCAGUUCGCGCACCUCAACUCGCUGAGGCGGCACUUUAUGACGCACACCGGCGAGAGGAACUUCCUGUGCAACGUGUGCGGGAAGGCGAUGAGCUCGAGGGACCAUCUCAAGCUUCACAUAAACAUACACACCGGCUACAAGCCAAACGUUUGUUCGACGUGCGGUAAGGGCUUCGUCAAGAAGAGCAAUCUGAAGCUGCACGAGCGCGUCCACAGCGGCGAGAAGCCGUACGUGUGCUCGCACUGCGGGAAGGCGUUCAGCCAGCGAUCGACGCUCGUCAUACACGAGAGAUACCACAACGGUGUCCGUCCGUACGUGUGCGCGCUGUGCGGUCGCGGAUUCGUCGCCAAGGGGCUGCUGUCCGUGCACCUCAAGAACACUUGCAUAUAGCAGACACCCCCGGACGUGUAUGGCAACACCGGAGCACUCGAAAGCACAGACUGAAAUAAAAAUCUAAUUAUUUUUAAGUAACUAGUUAAAUGUAAUGAAAGAAUUGUGAUAGUUUUGCACUCGCUAGUAAUAAUGUGUUUUUUUUUAAAUGUAUAAUAAAUAAGAACCAAUUAUUUAACAUCACACAGAUAUGGUAACUGAAUUGUUAUAUUUUUACGUUUAAGUAUUUUUUUUGGUUUUAAUAUUUAACUGAAUCAAGUUAAAGAAAUACAGGGGAUAUGAUUAAAUCACUGGAGUCGUAUAUCCGAAAUUGAAAAAUAAAAGUACCAUUAAAUUAUUUUGUGAUCAAUACUCAUUUGUGAAUCCAAUACUAAUUAUUAUUAUAAUAUAAGGACCUUACCAAUGAAAUUGC